CAGUGGUAUGGGCGGGGUGUCAAUGUCCUGGGGGUACAAUCAGGCCCCAGCUCAGCACAGCCAGAGAGACGGGCCAGGAAAGCUUCAGGGUCUCAAGGAAGGGGACACACUGUGCGGCUGGUCCUGCUGAUUGGGGGUAUCACUGGGGGGCUUCUGCAGUUGCUGCUCUUGGAGGUGAGCUGCUGCCUGUGGAGGUUUUGUGCCACCAUCACCUAUGAGGAGCUGCCAGAGUCUCCUGCCACAGCCACGAGUGGACCAGGGGACAGGCUCUGCCCGCCGCUCCCUGGGGCCAGCUGGGCAGGGGAUGCAGCAAGGAAGGUGCUCCUGAGCUUCCCCAAAAGUACUCACGUCCAGAGGAUCACCCAUCUUGCACCUGCCCCAACCCUGACCCCGCCAAGUCUCCCCCAGGUGUCAGGCAAGAGCAUCACCCAGAGGGUGCUGCGGGUCUCAGAGUACCACGUGGACAGGCAGAGGCGGCUCCAGCUGCUGGGCCAGGUGCUGGUCCCUGUGAAGAGCAAGACCCUGGCAAGCAACAGGCACCACCUCAUUUGGAGAGACCUGAGAGCCUGGAGUGGAGGCCACCAGCUAUGGAACACCAAGGGGCAGCACUGUGUGGGCAGCUGGCAGAUAUGCUCUGGGCCCAGAGGUACCUGCUGGCCACUACACACCAGUCUUCAGGAGCGGCCCCGGCAGGAGGCCCAACCCCAAGCUGCAGGACACAAAGCAGGGUGGCCGGCCUGGGAGCUGGUCCACCCUGGUUCACACUGUUUAGCGUCCUGGAAAAUGCACAUUUUCCAGGUCCCCACACCUGUGCAAGGUGACAACUCACACCCACACUGAGCCAGUUAGACCACUCUUCCCCCAGCCCCAGAAGCACCCAGGGGGCUCUAAUAGACUUUGGAAUUCUACAGCCUGGGUGUGAACCCCUGGCUCUGGUCCACACAGCAGGCUGAGAAUCACUUAACCAAAACACCGGGGACCAGCAAGAUUUCAGAUUUGGGGGUUUGUCAGAUUUCGAAGUAUUUGCAAAUACAUCAUGAAGUAUGUUGGGGAUGGUACCAAAGCCUAACAAAACCCAUCUGUCUCAUCUGCACUUUAUAUAUCUACAUUCAAUGCUUAGUAUAAUUUUGUGCAUGAAACAAACUUUCAAGGUAUGGAAAUUUCCACUUGGUUCUCUAAAGGUUGUGGCCAUCGGUGCUGCUUAGAUUCCUGGUCUUCAGAUCAGAGACACUGAGCCUGUGCUGCAUGAGUCCCUUUGGCUGUCUAGACCUCAGUUUCCGCAUCUGUAAUGUGGGCGCCAGAAUCAAAGGGGACCGUGGCUGUGUCACGUGCACCCGGGUGCGACAGCUCAGAGUGGGGAGGGAGAGGCCCAUGGCCCCACUGCCCAUCAGCACCUCCGCGUUGGUGUCCCCAGGCUCCCUCAGUCAGAGAUCGGUGACCUGCAGUUCUGCCUGAGCUGAGGGUCAUGGUGCUGCGGGCCGAGGGCCUCUGGCUCCAGGAGGACAGGAGCGUUGCCAGUGAGUCUCUCUCCCCACCUCCCCAACCAGCCGACUCCUGCUUGGGCAUCAGGUGCCACUCCGGGCAAGACAUCCCAGAACAAGAAACCUGUUCUGCAGUGAGCCCGGUGUCCCCUCCUGGCUCUAAGCAGCUCAAGGCCACGCCCUGCCCUCCUGUUGCCCAAGGCAGCCCCUCCGCCUAGUGUUUCCUGCCCACCUCUGCUGACACCUACCCCUGGGCCAAGUCCACGCCCAGAGGGUGAGGCCAAACCUGCCGCCCCUGGGGAGGCCCCAGUGCCACUCCUGGUGCACCUUGCUGCCCGGCCUCUGGGAACACAGGCAUGGGGAGUGGUCAGCGCAGGAGCUGUUCUGGGCAGGCUGGGCCUUGCCUGUGUGCACUGUGUCCAGCUCUGCAUGGUGUGAGCCUUGGCUGAUCCUGGGGGUGAUGCGCUGUGCUUUCCGGGUCACCUCAAUGAACAGCAGUUAGCUCCAGCAGCUCCCACUCUGGGCAAAAAAGGGUUUUCUCGUUCAUGUCUGUGUAUUUUCAACCCAGUCCACACCCCAGUCGUUUCUAGGGCUUCAUGACACACACGUCGUACGUCGUUACAUCUGUAUUUCGUCGUUACAUCUGUAUUUCUGGAGAGUGAGCUCCCAAAAUGGAACUGUUUCUACCUCAGCCAGGGACCCGGUAGUUACCAACCACUCCCUGACCAAGAGUAGCCACUGCAGGGACCCUGGAGAAGAUGGUAAGUGUCCUUUUUGCAGGACAGCAUGGCUGAUGUCCCUAGCUCCUCCUUGAAAAAUCUAUGGGACAGAAGACUAGCAGAUUGUUUGCUCUGCUGUGGAGAAAAACCAGGCGGCUAUAUGAGGCCUCACAGAUGGGCAGGACAGUAAAUACAUGGACAGUACUUCCUGGGCCAUCUUGAAACGUAUCUGCAUGUGACCGAGCAGGAAGAAGCCCUCUGUGCCUCCAUAAAACAUUUUAGCAUAAGCUGCUCAAUUUCCACCCAGAAAAGUACUGUAAUUUGACUGGAUUGCGUUGAAUACAGUGGAUCCUGGACUUCGGGGCUCAGUUUGUUCCCGAGGGCUGGUAAUAGCUCAGGUUGUCAGCUGAGGCCUCGGGCUCCUCUCUGCAGUCCCAAAGUCCCUCUCCUGUGCACAGCAGACCUCAGUGUCCUCAGAGAGACCUUAGCCCAGGAUUUUACAGUUAAGGACAGUCUCCUCUCAUCCAAAUUCUCGUUUCUAUCACAAGUGCUAUUAAAUUUUAUGAAGUGUUCUUCUUGUAUCUUUUGAGAUAGUAUUUUCUCCUUUAUCUUUAAUGUGAUGACUUAUAGUGAUCAAAUUUUGAGUGUCAAGCCAAAUUUAUUAUUUUUUCCCCAAACUUACAUUAUUGUAAUGGACACCAGUUAUGUCUGUCUGUCUGUGUCUCUCUUUCUCAUACACACACACACACACACACACACACACACACACACGCACACCACAGAUGCUUGAAAUCUUUAAAGUUUGCAUUUAUUUAUGUUGGAGGAUUUUUUUUUUCUGGUGAUACUAGGAAUUGUAGCCAAGAGUUUUUCCAGCCAUUUGUUUGUUUGUUUGUUUGGUUGGUUGGUUGGUUGUUUUUAAGACAGAGUCUUACUAAAUCACUAGGAUGUCCAGGCUGAAUUCAAACUUAGGAUCCUCCUGCCUCAGCCUUCCGAGUGCUGAGAUUACAGGCCUUUCCCAGCACACCUGGCUUAGGUUUUCACAGUUGACAGGCAUGCUCAUGAGAGAUUUUUCCAUGGUAUUUUAGUCUACUGAUCAAAUGCAAGCAUUUGACUCUGUGUUUUGCACUUAUACAAAUAUUUUAUGCUUUUCCAUUGGUGAAGUUUGUUAAUCAGAUUGAUCAGAUCAACUGUCUUUACUGAUUUUUUUUUUGUCUGCCUUUCUAUUAUUUAGCAAUGUUAAAACCCUCCCAUGUGAUUGUGGGAAGAGAACUGCUCACCCAUUUCUCCUUUCAGUUUUGUUGAAUUUUAUGUAGCUUGAGGCUGUGUUAUUAGGCUCAUACUCAUUUAAAACUGAAUUUUUUUCUGGCAGAGCGAACCCACUUACAAUGGUAUGUUUAUUCCCUUAGUUUUUCAACACCCUCGUGUUCCUCUAACUACAGUGUCUCCAAAGUAUGGUCUCCAAAGCAAGUCCUUGAGCCUCUGUGUCUGUGUGUGUGGUACAUUUACAUUUAAUAUAAUUCUAGGUAUCAUGUGUUCACAGGUACCACCUUGCUAAUUUUGCAUUUCCCUCCCUAGUAAAGUUUCUUUUUCUCUCCUCUGCUGCCUACCUUUGGAUUAAUGGGGUUUUGGGGAUUAUAGGCAUGCACACCACACUGGGCUUAGCUUGGUUUUUGUUUUUGUUUUUUUAUUUAAGGAGAAAAAGAAAAAAAAACAGAAAAAGGGUACAAGUUAUACAGAAUUUCAGAAAAAGUAAACAGUAGGAAAUCACUAGUUAAUAGAUUAUAUAUUGUCAUCUUAGAAAUAGUUGUUCAAGUUAUAAAAUUAAAGCAUAUAGAGUGGACAUUCAAACAGUGAGACUGCAAACAGUUCUGUUCAAUGAUCCAACAAAAUUCAGUAAUAUCAUUGUCUAUUUUAUACACUUAAAUAUACAUGCAGUUAUAUCCUUUAGAGCACUUUCUUUUCCUCUCUUUUGUACAAUGACAAUUGCACAUUUUGGGUUUUAUUACUCCCACAGUUCUUAUUACUUUUUUUUAAGAGAAUAAAACCAAACGUGACAUAACAAAACAGAGUCAGUCAAAUCAAAAGGAUGGACAUAAUACAUACUGUAAAAACAGAAUACAAGGUGAUCAACAUUGGUUACCAUAAUGCUUCUUGCUAUCUUAAAAAGAAUUGCAUAUAUCAUCAGUUAUAAUAAAAUUGAACAAAACAGUAAAGAACAAAACCAAUAAAACCAAAA